AUGGAGCUCGAGUCACGGACUGAGGUGUACGUCGAGCAUGAAAAGCUCGACUAUGGCACUAUUCUCGACUGGAUAAAAUUGGAUCAAGACGCGAAGGUCCUUACAAGCUCCAUCCCGGGAAUAAUGGUGAGUCAACUUUUUCUUACGAGGAGGUACUGCAAGUUGGACGCUUCUAUUUUGAUAAAACUUGGCACAAAUUUAGAAUAAUUUUUUACAUGACGUGUGCGAGACUUCCAGCUCGCGCUUUGCGGAAACGACCCAGAUUUUUAUGCUGAAAGUUGCCAAAAAUUUUUUAGUUUGCACAGUCAGGAGACAAAGGAAAAUUCCAUAUAUGUUAAGUGCAAUGAUUUUACAAGGAAAGUAGUUCUACGGGGUAAAAAUGCCGCUUUUCUUGCGAAUGCUGGCAUAGAAAGUUUCAUUCGUAUCUCUACCGCAGUCUUUCCACGAAGAAAUUACUUUUUUUUUAAACUGGCCAAUUUACGGCCAAAAUUUUUUCUCUGACCGCUCUCUGAGUUUUGCGUUCUCUCUCGGCCGCAAAGAUCGCUGAAAAUCACGGUUGUAGUUGCAAAGCGGGAGCUAAGAUUUUCUGGAAUUGAAACGUUGCCUAUGCCCGAAGUGUGUGCAAAAUUUUAAGAAAACUGGGCGUCGCACUUGGAAUACUUCCUUAAUCAGCUAAACUUAUUCUAGCCGUCGGAUAUCAUCCUCGAAGCUGGGCGGCCGGAUAACCUCCACCAAGUGGGGUCGGCAGAAUCCCUUAAAAGAUUCACGCCCCAAUAUGGAACCGUGGGAUUCAUUAUCCUGCGACUGGAUCGGCUCAUCACGCCCAUCCCAACCAAAGCCUUUCUGAUAUCUCGGGAAAGAUCAGAGUUGGUAAGUUCGGUUAAAGUAGGCGAAAAAUUCAGCCUGACCUAUUCCAAAAAUAAUAAUUUUUUCCAAGCUGCGCCCUAGGCCUUACUUUGGGAAUGACGCCAAUUUAAUUUUCCGAAAACAUUCGGGCGCAGCACGGAAAAAUUUGUAUAGUUGAUUUUUUUCAAUUUGGACCAGAUUUUUUCAAAAAUUGACCUGAUUUCUUUUUAAUAUUUUACGAAUUUAAUUUCAGUGUGACAAGCUUCGCCACAGGUUGGCGGAGUCUGUCAUCGAGCUCGCACAACUACCAACAAGAAUAGCCUUUGAAAAGGCAAAGGCAGACAUUGUGGAGUUGACGAAAAAGGUAAGCAACUUUUUGGGUUUUAAAAAAGAAGAAAAAAAUUUUGUAGUAGAGUUAUUUUACUGCUUGCCCUUCUAAUUGUAAGGCAUACCACGAGUUAUUCAUUAUAAGUUCAUUGAUUACUCAAGAACUUCUUAAAAAGGUGUAUAUAAUAAUGAUGCCUAGAAAGGGUCGAUGAUAAAUUACAAGAUACAAAAAAAGGGGAAACAGUAAAAUAUAAUAAGACAAUUACUAGCUAGGCCCACUCCAGACGGAGGGGCGCCUCGGUUCUCCCGAACCUCCUCCCUCCUUGACUCCCAAAUCAGCUAACUAAUUCUUAUCAAGGGUACCUACGACCCUGUCGGAUAGGGGCGUAUUUAUGAUGUGUCGCGCUGCUAUUUGGCGCAUACAACUGUAUUAUGAUAUAUAAUUGAUAGUAAGAAUUACUUAGCCUUAAAGCGCAUGAGUAUCUCGGUUCUUCCUGGGCACGUUGUGAAGCUUUAGAAAUCGAUGCGAUUUUAAUUUAGAGUUAGCAAAACUAUAUUUCAGAUUCCUAAUAAUAAAGAAUGUAAAGGUGCCUAAUAAAAGUUUUAAAAUAUUAUGCAUAACAUACCUUCAUAAAUUUCUUUUAAGAGACAGUCAGCCCAUAUCGAAGUUAAUCUUGAGCUGGCUCCGAGAAAAAGCGAAGGAGAAACCAUCAAGGAAGAAGACACCCAGCACGAAACUGGAGAGGAUGUUCGCGGAAAAGUCUGGGACCACCAAUGGCGUCAAAGAUCGGGUAAUCGGAUGAACCCAUUGUAA